AUGACGAACAGUACAACACAAACAGCACCGCCCACAGCCACAACCCCCAAGAAAUCGCCGCCGUUAGAGUCCUCAAUUCCACUAAACUCCACCUUCGCCACCCCGUCCAAAGAUACCAGGGAUAACUACGAGAGCAGCGAGCUCUCGGACUUGGGUGAUGACGAUAGCGAGGCCGAAACUGACAAAAUGGACUUUUUGGACGACGAUGCCAACGCCAGCUCCGCAGAUAAGGUGUCGGAUUUGCGCCGCAUUUCCCAUUUGACCGAAUUGGCACGUCUUGAAGGGGUCGACGACGACGACUCCGAUGACUCCGAUGACUCUGGCAACCCCCAGCUUCCUUCUGUGCUGCGUGUGGACCCUGAACCCCCUGCCGAAAUCGACACCACCAUAUUUGAAAGCUUCCGGACUGACCUUCUGGAUGCAGAGGAGCCUGAUGUUUUGAAACGUCCAAGGACGCUCGAGACCACUGAUCUUAUUGAGGCGCCCCUCAAGCGGAUGCGUACAGAGGUAUUGCAUGAGCUAGAACCUGAGUCUAAGCCCGAGUCUAAACCUGAGGGUUUGCCGGAUCUCAGUGCGCUAGACACCCCCACUUCCCUAGACGCUGAUUCUGUUGAUGAUAAGAAAACUCUUAUAAACGAGCCCCUUGCGAGUGACAUACUGGCCACCGAGUUGGCUGUCAAUGGCGUCGCUCAGAGUCCGAUAAAUUUCGAUGCGGAGGAGCACACGGAACGUGCUAGUAGUAGGGAGCUGUCGGCAGAGCUUUCUGACGUUGACACAAAAGAGGAUUUGGUAACCAUUUCCAAUCCUGAAGAUUUCAGCGAACCAAAACUCGAGGAAAUCGAUCAAGUCGAAGCUGAGGAGGCCCCAGAAGAUGAUGACGAACCUGAAGUUGAACUUGAAUCAAAUGAACAGCACGAGUCAAAGAAAGAGGAUCAAGGCUCUAAUAUUUCUGAUAAAGAUCACGGCGACGACUCAGAAGAGGCCGAGAAUCUAAAACAUAACGCCGAGGAAGAGCACGAAGAUGAAGAGGAUGAUGAAAACGAUGAUCGCGAGGAUAACGAGGAAAACGAGGAAAACGAGGAAGAUGAAGCCGAAGUUGAAGAAAGUGAACAUGCUGACGCUGCAGAAGUCAAAGCAGAAAGUGGCGAUGAGCCAGUGGCGGACACUAGAGAUGAUGAAGAUGAUGAUGAACACGACGAGGAGGAAGAAGAGCUUGACUUAGACCUUGACGAGCAGAGAAAGAACGCUAUUUCGGAGCUCAUCUCCAUUGAAGAGGACUUUUCGCUACUCCGAGACAAGUUGUACAAUGAUAAGCUUGCUCUCUUGGAGCAUGAGAUGGAGCUUUGCCUUGAAGGUUCGCAUCCUGAACUUUUACAAAUUUACUACAAAGUAAAUGAAUUUUACCAACAAAACAUCAAAAUAUCCAACUCCACUCUCAACUACUCUCUCAAGUGCAUUAAUACGGAGACCAUGGCAACCAGAACAGGCAUUCAUCAAAAUUUUAUGAAGAACCUUACUGAUAUGAAGAACGAUAUGGUUGCCGAAACAACAUCGUUGUGGUACAAAAUUAAUCGUGAACGAAACUUUCUCGAUCAAAUCGUGCCAGACUACAAUUUUGCUGCCCUCCCGCUGCUCAAUCCCGAUACACUCAAUAUGGCUAUUGUGGCUGGCGGCAGCUCAAUGGAGUAUUAUCAAGACAGUGCGCCUCUAACAAAGAAAGCCAUCAACCAAAACACGAUCAUAGAGUUGGUUCAGCGCAGAAAUGAUUACAACGAACAGCUAGGGGUUCUCAAUGGACUCAAGGAGUUCCAUGGAAUUCCAUGUGCUGUGGCCAGCAGUUUAUUGGAUGAGGAUGUGGGUUCUGUCGACGAGCUUCUUCUACGAAAAGCUACGCAGGAUGAGAUCAACGAAGAUCUUCAAGCUAUGGGGAUAUUCUAA